AUGCGCGAGAGUCACCAAAUCUUUGUUAUUGCGCGGCCCAAAAAGGGGCAGCGUUACCGCUCCCUUGCCUCCGCAUGCGAUAUAUUGCUUUGCGACAUCCCGGCUCUGUCCAUCUGCUACCGUCUCCUGCGCAUCUUCUCUGAUGAGGCCAACCGAGCCCCUAUCCAGCAAGAGCUCGCAUUUGCGGCCGACUUCUUCGAGACUGUGUCAAAAAUGGACAUCAAAAAUGUGAUCUUGCGCCAUGUCAAAAGUAAAGAAAAGGACCCCAAAAUUUGUCCGUUCCCAUUCAUCACGACUUGCUUGAUCGUGGGUGCUUCCUAUAAACCGGAUACUAGACGCCGCAUGAAUGUGCGAGAAAAUCCCUUUGGGACAAAAUACAACGGUGGACGGGGAGGAUUUGCGGGCACCUUGAUCCUCGACAUCACCGAGCUGAGCAAUGUUCGAUACUGCUUUGUGGACAGCCGCAACAUGGCAUCGGCACAAGAGGUGCCAAUACAUACGCCUCUGGAUGGGCUGACCUACACGAGACCAUACCACAAUGGCAUUUUCCCCAUCGAUAGAAGAUUCAAGGAUGCGUACGCGCUCAAUGAAUAUGCCCUCGUCGAAUCGGCCGCCCUUGACAAGCUGUUUCCGGAAUUACUGUCGAGCGAUGGUCCCCCGGACUUGAAACUGCUGGAUAAGCCCAUGCUGUUUCGUGGCUUCACACGCGACAUGCAGCAAUAUCUUAUCGAGCACGCCGAAGCUCUCGCCAAAUCACCGGCUGCAGUCCAGAUCCUCCAAAAGGCCUUUGCAGGAGAAAAGAGUUUUGAUUUCACGCCGUUCCAAGGCAAGAUAGCCGCAGAUGAUCUCGACUCUCUUGCGAACAGUGAGGCUUUGAGAGGUGUCAAGACACUCAACUUCUCCGGCUUCGACUCUAGCCGCGAUAGCAAGCACAUCCUCUCUGCCAUCCAUCAUCUCGGACUCGAUAACUUGUACCUUCUUUGUCGCCCGGAUCGCUCGACUGACAGCGCAUCUCAGAUGAUGACGAUGAUUAUGUCUCUUGCAAAGUGUUCCAGGAAGCCGUUCAUUUCUCAAAGACUCGUUCUAGGCUCUGCAUUCUCCCAGGGCCUUCGAGAGCAGAGCUGGUUGCCCCGGGAACUCGAAAUCGGUCCCUGCUACUGGAACACGUUUCCGGUAAUCCAACUACUUUUCCAAGGGUUCCGAAAGUAUAGACCAGGUUUUCAUUUUGCUUCUGGACUCCCUCCCGCACCUGAGAUUAUUGAGAACUGGUUGGCGGAUUUCUUCUUGGGUGACGCCUUGCUCACCCCAGUCCGCUUUGUCACAGGUCUCCUGACUCUCAUCAAGAGCAAGUUCCAAAACCCGGAGGGGCCCGCAAUGACGCCGUGGGAGGUCGAUGUGCCUCUCAUGUUUGCCUGCGCCCCUUCGUCCCUCAAUACUUUGGAAUCAUCCACUGAGGUGAGUCCUAUACCGGCAGAAGCCGUCUCACGCAUCAACGACUGGGCGCAACUAUCGGUGCCCCCCGCCCGCAAUAUUCAUCCCGUGGGCUGGACCGCAGUCAUGAUUCAAAGUCCUAUCGAAGAAACAGAGGAUGAUCAGCAGCCUCCGAAAACGCGAUUUCAAGUGGCUCUGGUGCGCUCCAAGGGGGGUCCCAAGGGGGAGCCUCUCCAUCUUCAAGAAGCCGUGGCCAAUCCAGACAGGCUCGAGUUGGUAGACUUGAAAGAGUUCCUGGAGCUGACUGCUCCUGCACACGCGGGUGAUCUCGCGAACUGUCUGUCGGAGCUCAAAGCCUGGGCUCAGACUGAUGGAGAGCUUAUCGGAAAGAUGACGGUUGAAGAGGCGGUUUCCGUCCUUCAGGAUUUUGCUGACAGGCCGGGUGAUUGGAGAAUGGGAGAACGACUGGUUACAAGAAGCCGUACAAAACGGAAUAGGGUAUCAUAA